AUGGCAUCUCCGAGUUCGAUAGCUCUCGUCUCCGCCAACUAUUUUGUCGACGAAGGCCACCAUUCCACCACCUGUUGCCGUCGGUUAUGUCGUGUAUGGCCGGAGAUGGCCUGUGACCGCUGCCCAUUUCGAACUCGUCAUGUUGCCGCCGUUCUUUUCUUUUCCUUUUGCUCCAUCCGCCGCCAAGGGCUCGUUUCUGUUGCUCCAUUCAUGGUCACAACCCCAAAGGGCUGUCGAGUUCGUGUGGGUUAUCACCUGUCGAGUUGGGUUGCGUUUCCUUGCUCAGCUCGUCUCCGUGCGUGUAUGCCUGCUUACUGUUGGCCAGAAAAGCGUGGAAACCACCAUGGCAGCCGCCGUGGUGGCCAUUACCUUGUUGCCGCUGGCUUAUGCCACAAAGUGGAGAUGGAGAUGAUGGACUAUGGUGGUGGCGGGUGGUGGUCGAACGGUGGCAAUGUCGGAAGAUUUUCUGGAGAGUGGAUUUUCCUUAGAGGUGAGGGUCUGGGUUUUGAGAAGAUGUUUAUGUCAAAAACGGAUGAAUAUAUUGAAGUGGAUGAUGAGACGAUUGAAGUUGAAAAUCCAACCAAUGAUCAACAUUGUGGUGGCGGGAAAUACAAGUGCGAAUCAAGUGGUUAUGGGACCAAAAAUCUAGGUUAUCAUUUGACUAAAUGUAAAGCUUACUUGGAUAAACUUAGUGGUGGGCAAACACAACUAGUUUUCCAAUAUGGUGAUGAAAACAAAUUGUCAACUUGGAAAUUUGAUCAAAAUGAUAGUCGGAAGGCUCUAGCCCACAUGUUAGUAGUUGACGAACUUCCAUUUAGCUUUGUAGAAGGUGCGGGCUUUAGGUAUUACAAUAGUGUUACUCAACCAUUGUUUAAAGUUCCAUGUAGAAGUACAAGUGCAACGGAUGUCUACCAAUUGUUUGUAGAUGAAAAAGAAAAAAUUCGUGAAUUUAUUAAAAAAAACAUUGGUAGAAUAUGUUUGACCACUGAUACGUGGACUUCUAAACAACAGUCAUGUUAUAUGUGUCUCACCGCCCACUUUAUUGAUAACGAAUGGAAAUUGAAAAAAAAAGUGCUGUGUUUUUCUUCUCAAGAGAGUCACCGUGGGGUUGAUAUUGGAAAAAUGGUUGAGAAAUGUUUAAUGGAGUGGGAAAUAGAAAAUGUUUUAACAAUUUCUGUUGACAAUGCAAGUGCAAAUGAUGUGGCAAUUGACUUCUUGAAAAAAAGUUUUCAAAACUCCAACAAGUGUCUUCUAAAUGGGAAAUGGAUGCACAUUCGAUGUGUUGCCCACAUUUUAAAUUUAGUGGUGCAAGAUGGCAUAAAAAAAGUUGAUAAGGCGGUUGAGAUAGUUCGAUGGGCGGUUAAAUGGAUUAGACAAUCACCUUCUAGAAUUCAUAAGUUUACCGAGUUUGCUAAGGUUGCUAAUCCCGGUAUAACAAAACACUUGAAGAGAGAUGUUCCAACAAGAUGGAACUCUACUUACCAGAUGUUGGAAAUUGCCCAAGCUUACGAAAAAACUUUUGAGAGAUAUGAUCUUGAGGAAUUUGAUUUUCGGUGUGAAAUUGAAAAGGCGGGUUUGUCGAUUCCUUCAUCAAGCGAUUGGGAAAGGGUUAGGAAUGUAUGUCAUUUUUUAAAACCUUUUCAUGAUGUUACAUUGAGGAUUUCUGGGACACUUUAUGUGACAUCAAACACAUGCAUUGAAGAUAUAUAUUCCAUUCGUACGCUCUUGGAUGAUGCUAUUUCCGAUUCUAGUCUUUGUGAUAUUGCAUUGGCCAUGAAAAUAAAGUUUGAUAAGUAUUUUGGCGACAUAGAAAAAAUGAAUUUAUUGCUCUACUUUGCUUUGAUUCUUGAUCCAAGGAACAAAGUAAAGUAUUUGGUUAUACUACUUGAGGAUCGUUAUGGAGAAAAGGGGGUGGAGGCCAAAAAGAAAUAUAUCAUGGAUUCUAUGUAUGAAUUAUAUAAUGAUUAUAUUAGAAUUCAUUCUCCAAGUUCUACUUCAAGUACCGCCGAGUCUACCACUUCAUCAUCGAUACUAGGGAAACGCCAAAACCCGGAGUUUAUGGCACCUAAUCCCCCUUUGAGAAAUAAACUAAGAGAAAAGAUGAAGACGAACAUAGUUGAAUCAAUUGGGGAGUUAGAAAAGUAUUUGCAAGAGAGUGUUGAAGACGACUCAGAAAUGUUUAGUAUUCUAGAUUGGUGGAAAGUGAAUAGUCCAAGAUUCCCGAUUCUAUCAUUGAUGGCAAGAGAUGUGUUCGCCAUUCCCGUCUCAACCGUGGCUUCGGAAUCCGUUUUUAGCACUAGUGGGAGGGUUUUGGAUCCGUUUAGGAGUUCUUUGACUCCUAAGAUUGUUGAAAGUUUAAUUUGUACACAAGAUUGGAUUCGGGGUAGCAUAAGUGACACAAUCGAUUAUGAAAAAGAUUGGGAAGAAAAUCAAAAAAUUGACAAAGAAUUGAGCAAGAUGAAGUAG